AACUCUCGUUCCCUCCUGAACAAGUCAUCUUCGCAUUUUGGGUUUCACAGCGCGGGAAGGUGAGAAAUGGAGAACAGAGCACGUCUCCGAGUUCAGAAGACAAAAGGUUUCAAGGGUAGAAAGAAGCAUUUGGUGAAAAGGGUCGUUGAUUAUCUCAAAUCCGAUACUUUCUUGUAUGCUCCCUUGCUCUCUACGGUGCCCACUGAUUUUCGCUCACCUUAUUCUCUCGCUUCUUCAACUAGAGUGGUCGAAUUUAAAAAACCCAUUAUAGAAAACAAGCCGUUUCUAGAGCAGCUCGGGGAGUAUAUGAAAUCUGACGACUAUAUGUAUGCUCCUGUUGCUGGUCCUCCUCAUUCGCUUCAAGCCCCCUUCAUUUCCUCAUUCUUUGAAAAGAUAAGGAUGUCUGUAUCAACGACAAGAUUGACUAUGAAAGUGAAUCAACCAGCCGACUAUUCAGGAAAUGCAAAUCAGAGAUCUGAAAAUUAUCUUCCUCGAUCAGGCCCCUCUGAUCAGCAUCCUCGAGGGCACAUAGAAGCUGUCAAGCACACUGUGUGCCAAACUUGUCUCUCAAAUUCUGCUCCAGGGAAUGUCACCCUCAAUCCUCAUUUAACAGCUCGUUGUUGAUUGGAACUUUGGGAUGUGAAAGUUAUUUCUCCUAUACAGUUUGUUUUAGUUGUACAAAUGAUGAAUAUAUGUAAAAUUUCAGCAGUUAACCUCUUUUUAGAAGAACAUCAUAUGUAAUUGUCAGUCAUAACUUCCAUUCCCCAGUUUC